CGCCCGUGCUCGGCCCGGCCCCGGGUCCCGACACGGAGGGGCCGCCCCCGGCCCGCCCCCGCGCUCGGCCCUACAUAGACGGCGGCGGUGCCCGCCCCGGCCCCGGCCCGCCCGGCUCCGCCAUGGCCCCGGCGCUCCGGCUCUGCGCCGCCCUGGCCCUGGCCCUGCUGCCCGCCGCCGCCGCGCUGGACGUGGCGGGAGAGUGUGGCCAGUAUACGAACAAGAGCUGUGAGGAGUGUCUGAAAAAUGUCACCUGCCUGUGGUGUGCCAGCAGCGGGAGGUGCGUGGAGUACCCCGUCCGAAGAGUCCUUCCCCAGGCUGACCUCUGUGAGCUCCGCUCUGCGCGCUGGGGAGUCUGCUGGGUGAACUUUGAAGCCCUGAUCAUUGCGAUGUCUGUGGUGGGAGGAACGAUCCUUAUCGCGUUGGGGGUCUGCUGCUGCUGCUGCUGUUGUAAGAAAAAGAGCAAAAAGCCAGACAAGGAUGAGGAGAGAGCGGCCAGGGAGCGGGAGAAGAGGCGGGUGCGGCAGGAGGAGAGGAGAGCAGAGAUGAAAUCACGGCAUGAUGAAAUACGAAGAAAAUACGGCCUGUUCAAGGAAGAGAACCCUUAUGCAAAAUUUGAGAAUUAGCAUCUCUGAACUUGCCCACCCUGGUGAAUAGUGCCUUCCUGCAGAGCCGCAGGGCUCCACACUCCCCCUGCCACGAGGAGACCACCGUGGUGCCACUUCCCACUUCAGCUGCCACAGAAGCCUUGGUGACACCACUGUCCCCACUCCCAGAUGCUGGGUUUGCUCCAGAGCUUUGCUCUUGCUCUGCUGGUGCAAGAAAACGUAGUGGCAAUACCAGAGGAUGACACAUUUCUUCUCACUCACCCCUGGGGUGGUAACGGAGUCCAAAGCAAUGCAAAUAACAGCCCUUGUCCCUGGCCAAGGGCAAACCCAACUUUACGCAUCUUUCUUGCUCCUGCCUCACCAAAUGCCCUUCACGCACACAGACACAGGCUCUUUUGUCACUCCCCUUUUCUUUUUCUUUUUCUUUUUCUUUUUUUUUUUUUUUUUCUUUUAGUAUAGGCAAAAGCCAACAAGAUUUUCUUGAUGUGUCGGUCAGCAGGAGGCCUUGGCUGUUACUCCAGAUGCCUGUACUUCUCCCAGCACAUUAGCAUUCCUUUCAAAAAGCACAAGUUUCUGGUUAUUUCGGGCCUCCAGGAGGAAGGUCCCACAUGCACGUUCUCACUUGCAACUAAUCUGGGGAAAUGCCCCAACUCUCCUACCUCUCUGUGCCUUUCUAGAAGGGUGGUCUCCUGGGCUUGAUGGCCAUGGCCGAUAGCAAUACUGUAGAAUUCAGAUGCAUUUACAAUAUGUUGACUACAUAUUAAACUGAUUUGAUUA